AUGGCUUCACACGUUCACCCCGCCGACGCCGACCGCUUCGAUGUCUCCGUGCCGAUGCGUAUGAUUUCUCCGGGAACUAGGAUCGACUGGGACAGGGAGGAGCACCGGCGCUGCAUCGCCGCCUGCCUUGUCAAAGGGACGUACGUGCUCGAGAACGACAGGACACUGUGCAGGAUAGAGCCGAAAGCGCUGGCGCCGGCGUGGUGGAAGAGCUUCCACUUCGACCUGGUGGACGUGCUCACAGACCGCUCGUUCAUGCAUAGGCGUGAUCAAUUCAUCUUCGGCGCCAUCUUUGAGCACGUGGCCCCGGCUCCUCGCCACCCAUCCGCUCCGCGCUACAUCGUCGCCUUCCGAGGAACCAUGCCGCUGCAUCCCAAGGCGGUGCAUGACUUCUGCCUCGACUUCAAGGUCAUCUUCAACACGCUGCCCGACUCAAAGCGCUGCAAGCGCGCGCGCCUCGGGGUGGAGAGCCUCCUGCCCGCCGACUCCGACGUCUGGCUCACGGGCCACUCUCUCGGCGCCUCGGUGGCACUAGACGUGGGGCGGGCUAUGAUGCUGGACAGCAAGCAAGGGCGCAACCUGCCGACCUUCCUCUUCAACCCGCCUCAGGUGUCGCUGGCUCCGGUGAUCAACAAGCUGCUCCUGUCGGAGCCGGUGAAGACGAAGCUGCAUGACGCCAACAACCUCCUGAAGGCUGGUCUCGGGCUGGUCCUGAGUCCCCACCGGAGGCACAUGGAGGAGGUCUUCCAGAAGCUGUCGCCGUGGGUGCCCAGUCUGUACGUCCAUGACAAGGACAUCGUGUGCCAGGGCUUUAUCGACCACUUCGAGCAGCGGAGGCAGCUCGAUAAGAGCUUCCACGGUCUCGCCGGGUCCGCCGUAAAGCUUUCGUACCGUGACAUGCUCUACUCGUUCGUGCGUUCCAAGGAGAAGGAGCUGCCGCACCUUCUGCCGUCGGCGACGCUGUGGAGGAACUCAAGCAUGGACAAGGACGUCAACUGGCUCCACCGGCGGUUCCACGCGCACGAGCUGCAGCAGUGGUGGAAAGCGGAUGCCGACCUCGGGUUAAGUCCCAGCAGCUAUAGCCUAUAG